AUGUCACAGCUAUAUGAAGGAAAUACUUCCCUUCACGAGCAAACCACGCCGAUACCAAAAGAGCCGGCAGAUGGGAGCUCAGUGCUGGCUGAGAGCAAGAAUGCUACAAAAGACCAAGUAACAGUGGUAAAGAAGGAAGAUUCAGAUAUUAACGAGAGUGAAGAAUUAGGACAGGAUGGCGAAGAAAAGGAUACGGGCACAAAAGAACCUUCAGGGUAUGCAUUGUCCGCCCUAAAAAAACAGGAAUAUAAGUGGAAGUCAUACAGCCAAAAGACAGACCAGAGACAUGGAAGCUUUAUUGGGAUAGCCAAAGACAAGAAACUCCAGACGUCAUCAUUUGUGCACAAGCUAUACUCGAUGCUUGAGAACACGGAACUGGAUGACGUGAUAUGGUGGCACACGGACCAGUGUUCGUUUUUCGUCUCGCCAACCGAGGAGUUCACCAAGGUGCUCAGUGUUUAUUUCAAGCAUGCCAACAUAGCUUCUUUCAUUAGGCAGCUCAACAUGUACGGAUUCCACAAGGUGAGCGACGGCUCGACGCCCGGCAGUGGUAGCAGGCUUUCCGUUGCAAGUUCCUGCGGAACGAGCGGUAAGGGACAGGAUGGAAAGCCAGAUGGUGAGAAGGGGGAUAGCAGUAAGCGAGAAGUUGCACUAUCGUCCACGGAUAACUCCGAGAACGGGUCUGCAGCGUCGUCGAGAAAAACUUCGACGUGCUCCGUGGCAAACACACCGGCAGUCUGGGAAUUCCGGCAUUCAUCAAGUAUAUUCCGCCGAGGCAACGUUGAGGGCCUUGCGAUGAUCAAGAGACGGAGCUUCAGGAAUACAAACGCCGGCAAAGAGGUCCACAGCAUCAAAAUUCCGUACUACCCGGCGGCUCAAGAGAACACGCUGCUGACACAGGCCUUUCUUCCCCGGAGGAGACACACUGCAUCCGGUGCCAUGCCCAGUGCAAGCGUUGCAGGUGUUGCAGGUGCACGUUUGAGCACGAGUGUCCGCAACGGCAACUUCGAUGCACAGUUCCAGAGGAUCCAGCAGCAGCAGGUCCAGCAUUACGGCGAGGCGACGGCCAGCCAGAACGAGAUGAUGCAGAUGCUUUCGCUGCUGACACACUCGAACGACGUGAUUAGAAACGAGCUUCUCAACGCCAACUACGACGCUGUGAGCAUCGUGUACACGUUGAAGGAGCUGGCGGAGACCGUUCUGCACACGCUGGAACCCGGGUCGAAGCCCGGUGGUGCCGUGUCAGGCUUGUGCACCCGUCUCGAUGAGUUGCACGGCAAGAUAUUGGACCGCUGUGCGUCCAGGGAUACAGUGCUCAGGGAUAUGCUCGAGCAGCAGAAGAGGAUUGCACCUCUGCCAUUGGCGAUGCCGGUUCAGAUGCCUCAGCAGGUGCAGAAAGCACAGAAAGCACAGAAACAACAACAACAACCCUCUCGACCGCUCACACUGAGAAACUCGGCCCCAGGCCCAGCAGUGCCCUACAACAUACCCCCAAAUCCAAUACCGAUGACGACAUAUGCCACAUUUCCACCGCCGGCAUACGGGCCCCAGCUGUACCGGUACCCGGGUGCCCCCCAGCAGCCUCUCUACUACCAGCCGGGCCCACCUUUGCAGCCGUACUACGGGCAGCCCCCGGUGGCAGUGGGCCAGAUGGGCCAGCCGCAGAAUGCGGUCCAGCCGGGAUUGCAGGCCUCGCAGGGUGCCCAGCGGCCCAUUCUCCACAAAGACAUACGAUACAGCGUUUCCUCUAACAGGUCAAGAAACCCGUCUGUGUUCGACCCGCUCCAGCCUCUGCCAUACGGCCAAAUGGCCUCCGCCGCCAAGAAUGGCCUCUCGCAGAGGCCCCUGGUGGCAGCCCACGCCACCCCGGGGUCCGCCUCACAGUCCCGGGGCUCGCCCCUUCGCAAAAGAUCCUCUUCGGCCACCUCUCAGGCCUCCUCGUUGCCCGGUGAGGCUCCCAGGCCAGCCCCUGGCUUCCCGAGCCACAACGCACAACGUGGCCCGUCGCAGACUUUAGCCCCGGCAGAGAAGUCUUUGUAUGGAAGCAUAAGCUCGGACCAGUCCAAGCCGGUCGCCCAGUCUAGAAGCAACUCCGUGGAAUCGGCCCGUUCUGCCAGUGGUGGCCACACUGUUUAUUCGUUGCUCAACCAUGAUGAAGGGGGGCUGAUCUCCACCACCCAGCCCACCACACCUUUGAAAAGAUCGUUUGACGCCUCCAGUCAGCGUAAACAGUCCAAACGCAUAAAGUCAUGA